UGCCUUAGUGACCUUGAGAAACCCCACCAAUGGCUACAGACACCUGUCUCUAAAACGAAGGAGCUCUGGAGAGAGGGAAAGAAUCGAAACCCUUUCACCUCAAUUUUAUUUCUUUUUACAGAAAAAUCGAAUUGAAUUUCUCUUUUUUAGAAACUGAAAAAAAAGGGAAAAAAAAUUGAGUCGGAGACGAAGUGGAUCGGCCAGUGAAUCGGCGCCACCGAUUCGAUGGAGGGAGUAGGGGCCCGACUUGGGCGUUCCUCGACCCGAUACGGACCCGCCACGGUGUUCAGUGGACCGGUGAGGAAGUGGAAGAAGAAAUGGGUCCAUGUUUCUCCCUCUAACAAUAAUAGUAACAGUAACAAUCACCAUCAUCAUCACCACAGCAACAAUGGCAGCGCUACUCCUAACGGUAAUAACGGCUCGCAUCUCUUGCUUUACAAGUGGACUCCUAUAUCUCAAAGCAAUAAUAACAAUGGUAACGCCAGCAGCAACAGUGGCGACAAAAACUCCGCUAAAGAGGAACCGGCGGCGCCUGAGGAGCCGCCCAGGCGUAAAUUCAAAUACAUUCCGAUUGCUUUGCUGGAGGAACAGAAAAUAGAAGCUACAGAAAAUGAGGCUGCAGAGAACCAUGAGGAAGAAGCUAAACCAGGUGAUACUGACCCAAGCAUGGUGGAUUCAACUCCCAGGAAUGAUGGUUCUGAUGAGAAACCUGACAUUAAUGAUGUGCCCAUGGAAGAAAAUCAGGAGGAUAAUAAGUUAGUACGCCAAGAUCUGAACGAAAGCACAUUGGAUUUGAGCUUGGGUUUAACAGCUCAUGACAAUGAGUCGGAAAACCUCAGACCAGAUAUGGCUCAUCAGAGAGAGUGAAUUCAAGUUUCUGCCGGACCCGAGUGGAUGUAAGCCUUCUUCAGUUCGUAUUUCAUUGCUGUGAACAGGAGAAGGAAGUGGCUUAGCUUAGUUUAAUUGUUCUGAAUUUAGAGAUUCAAUUUUCCCCUCUUCUUAGGAUAAAGUGUCCGAGUGGCUGAAAAAUGUACCUUUUAGUCUCACUUGAUGGUCCCUUACAAUAUUGUUACUGAUUUUACAACUCUAUUUAAUUUUUUUUUUUUUUUCUUAUCAAACAUUGCAUUUUGAUUUGUCCA